CGUGCACGCGCGGGCUCUCCUCCUCCUCCUCCUGUGAGCGCGCGCCCAGCCUAGCAUCCCCUUAUAUACAUACACACACAUCGUGACACACGCAGUGACACACACGCGCGAGCGCGCGCACAGACAGUGAGGACGCCGCGCGCGGAUAGAGAGAGGAUGAUGCGCGCUGUUCCGCGCGGCGGAGUGUAGAGCGGGGAGAUGAGCGUGGAGCGCGGGGGGCUCGUGCGGCAGCAGCAGCAGCCCGCGGCGGACGCUCUGCGGCGCGCGCUCGACUUUAAGACGCAGGGCACGCAAUGCUACAGGGACAAGAAAUACCGCGAGGCCAUCGGCAAAUACCACCGCGCGCUGCUCGAGAUGAAGGGCCUGUGCCGCGCGCUCGGGGACCCGGACGGGAGCGCGAGGAGCGCGUGCGCCGCGCCGCUGCCGCCGCCGCCGCCGGGCAAGUGCAGCCUGACGGACGAGCAGAAGGGCGCGGUGGAGAGCGCGGAGCUCGAGUGCUACAACAGCCUGGCAGCAUGUCUGCUGCAGAUGGAGCUGGUGAAUUAUGAGCGUGUGAAGGAGUACUGUCUGAAGGUUCUGAGGAAAGAGGGAGAGAACUUCAAAGCACUGUACCGCUCAGGUGUGGCGUAUUAUCAUCUGGGGGAUUACAACAAAGCCCUGCACUACCUACAGGAGUCCCACAAACAGCAGCCCUCAGAUACCAAUGUAGUCCGCUACAUCCAGCUAACAGAGAUGAAAAUUCGUCGGUUGGCGCAGCGAGAGAAGAAGGAUUCGGCGUAGUUGCUCCCUGCUUCUCACUGGCUCUGCUGCAGCAGUGGUCACCAGUCUUCUCCUGGGCAUCUAACUGCAGAGUGUAGGGAUGGGUGGAUCAGUUCAGACUGUCCUCUAAUUUGAAUUACGUGAAUUCAUAUUAUUAAUAUAUUCUAACACUACAUGCCCAUCAGUAUUCCAGUUGAUCUUUAUAGUGACACAGUGACCAGCCAUAACAGUACAACCACCUGUCUAAUAGUGUGUGGGUCCCAAUAUUGCCUCCAAAAUGACUCUGAUCAGUCGAGACACAAGACCUCUGAAUGUUUCCUGUGGCAACAAGGCAACAAGACUUUACUAGCAGAUUCUUUAGUCUUUUAGUUUUGAGGUGGAUCAGAUCAGUUCACCGGUUAUCAUUUCUUUGAGCUUUUUUGGUAGGUACUGGUCACUGCAUAUCGGGAACCCCCUACAAGAUGUGCCUGAUAUUUUGGAGAUGUUCUGACCCAAUCAAAUAAGGCCAAAUGAUCACAAGAUUCUUAUGCUUCUAGAACUUGCUAUUCACUUACUGCUUAAUUUAUUCACCAAUUGACAGAUGCUACUGGAACCAGAUACUACUGGUGGUGGUUGUAAUGUUUUGGCAAUGUAAGGUAAUGUUCUGGGCAAUUUGGAAGACCCUAAGGCCACCAUGCCCAGUGCCAAGCAGUGGCAUCCUAACAUUUAUUAGAGUGAUAUAAAGUCCUUUAUUAUUGGGCUGUGAGGUGCUAUAGAGUAAUGAUACUUUUGGACAGGUAGUGUGUUCUGAUGAGAUCAAAGAGAAAAUCUGUGAUCUUACCCAUCCCUAUAAGAUUUCACCUUCAGAAAACAGGAGCUCCAUUAGUUUGGUUGGGAGACCACUGUAACCACUCGUGCUACCAGAAGUACACUUUAUAAUCUAGCGCUGUCGUCAGUGACCAGACUGCAGCCAGCUGCACGUGAAGAGUGUGUUGAGUGUGCAGUGCAAAAAACUGACAAAUGAAAACAUAUAAAUUCUAUUCUGUGUAUCUGAUUUGUUCUGUUACUAGAUCAUUUUAAUAACAAAUAAUAUAAAAUUACAUUUAUUAUUAUAUUUGUUUGAGUUAUAGUAUAGAUCAUUUUGCUAGUUAUCUGAAAUAAGGCAAAUGAGAGAUUAUUUUGCUUAUUUGGAAAAAUAAUGCAUUUAAUUUUUCUUACUUUAAGAAAUAACAGAUCAUUUUAACAGUUUCCAGAAAUAAGGCUAAACAUUUCUAGCUCUAAAAAAGAAUGCAGAUAAUUUUGCUUAUUAUUUUUAGAUUAUUUCUAUAUUAUUAUUAUAUAGCAGUAGGACAGGUGAGGACUAGCACACACCUCCUCCGAUACAUAUCAAGUCAGACUCCGCCUCUUUUCUAAAUGCCGCUGAUGCAGCAUCACUUGGUAGCCAGUGAAUUUGGAGGAAAGCGGAGCUUCCCAGCUCUGAUACAUCAGCUAACAGAUGCCUGUGCUUACCAACAUCACACUAGGAGGGAUGAGGGAAGAGAUUACCAUCUACUCAGAGGGCAUGGCCCAUUGUGCUGUCUCUUAGACUCUGGCUGCUAUGGACAAGCAGCAUAACCCGGGAAUUGAACGAGCGAUCCUCAGAUCAUAGUGACAGCAACUUACUGAUAAUUUUGCUUAUUUAAAAAAACUGGAAUGAUACAGAUAAUUUAGCCAGCUUUCAGUAGUCUCUAAGCAUCUAUUUUAUCUUAUUUCAAAAAAUGCU